AAAUUUGACUAAGAAGAAAGGCUUUGAACUGCCUUUGAUCUCAACAAGAUCAGUAAGACUCUGAUUACCGCAGUCAAACGCGUACAGCUGAGUGACUAACAAACGCUUGUGAUCAGGACUAACAAGAAACUAUUGUUAAGGACACGCGCUAUCUUUUUGCGGACCUACCAAGGAGAGCUGCUUUACUGAUCCAGAGUAAACCAUCUGCCAUUGUGUAGAGGGUGUCUGCGGUAAUUAUUCAAAGGUGUUGAUCAAAGGCAGUGGUUAUUUGAGCUUAUCAGUAUGUCAAACGGUGGAACCUCGACCAGUGGUGCAACUCCUGAUGAUUUUGACGAUCACGGGGACACAGUGACAGUGUUUCAACAUGAGGGCGAUGGAGAGAACACAGAGCACCUUCAGUCCAUGGACCUCCACGAUGUCAAGACCGCCCUUGAGAAAGAUGCCGAAUUGGACGAGCCUGGAUCAGCAGGCAAGGCGGCUACCUCCCCAACGUCAGCAGCUGGCAGUGCUAGUCUUCAGCAAACCACCAUUCGUCCCAUCAUACAACCAAUGCUCUAUGCGAAUGGUUUCAUGGUUCCACCCUUUGCUGCUGGAACCUCAAUCUUCUCUGCUGGAAUAAGACCCAUUAAGAUGGAGGGAUCCGAAUGGAAAGUUUCCCAAGCACCCACAGUAACUGGUAUACCGUAUGGAUACCCAACUGCUGGUUUCCUACCAGUUGACCAAUCAGGUUUUAGACCUGCCGCUGGCUACCCCUUUAUGAUUCCCGGGCAGUAUGCAGUGGCUACUCCUUAUCAACAGUUUACUACCUUCGGACAGCCAGUUGCCCCUAAUGCAGCAGUACAACCCAACUCAGGCCUUGUACAACCACAGGUGAAAGAGAAGAAGCCGCACAUCAAAAAACCACUAAAUGCAUUCAUGAUCUUCAUGAAAACCAAGAGAGCGGAAGUUAUAAAGGAGUGCACGUUGAAAGAGUCUGCAGCCAUUAACCAGAUACUCGGCAAAAUGUGGCACGCGCUGGAUCGCAGUGAACAAGCCACGUACUAUGAAAUGGCAAGAGAAGAGAGAGCGAGACAUAUGCAGAUGUACCCUGGCUGGUCAGCACGCGACAACUACGCUGUUCACAAGAAGAGGAGAAAGAGAAAAGCCAAAUCUGAGAAGGGGAAUGACGAAGUUGAGGGUUCGACUGACAGCUGUGCCCUGGGUGAGAAUGAAGGAGAGAGGUGUCCUGAUAAACAUCCAGACAACUCAGAGUCCUUUGAGGGUUCGACUGACAGCUGUGCCCUGGGUGAGAGUGAAGGAGAGAGGUGUCCUGAUAAACAUCCAGACAACUCCUCCAACUGGUGUGCACCUUGCAGACGUAAAAGAAAGUGUGUCAAACGAAAUAACGACGACGAGCUAGAUAUCUCGGAUUUCACUAAAAAUGGAAAAGUUGCAAUCACAUUACAAACAAUCCCAACAUAAAACUACUGAUUGUAUACAUGUAUUUUGUUUCCAUGGCAAUCUCAAUUCGAAUGGUUGUUUUCUGUGUCAUGAAAGCUCUCAGUCACUUGACAGGAUAUUUUCAUACCUCACACACAUGCAUGCAUGCUUUCCAAAUCUUCAAUUUAUUUUCAGCCACAUCAAAAAGGAUUAAUACAA